AUGGAGGACGCUAUAACGACGUCGGAUUCGGUCGUGUCAGAAUUUGAAGGGCUACUGAAGAACACGGAUCCAUUCUCUUACUUCAUGCUCGUUGCCUUCGAAGCAUCUGGUCUCAUUCGUUUCGCAAUCUUAUUAUUUCUCUGGCCCGUAAUCACACUCCUUGACGUUUUCAGCUACAAAAACGCCGCUCUCAAGCUCAUGGUCUUUGUAGCCACGGUUGGUUUACGUGAACCGGAGAUUGAAUCGGUGGCUAGAGCAGUCCUGCCAAAGUUUUACAUGGAUGACUUAAGUAUGGACACGUGGAGGGUUUUCAGCUCGUGCAAGAAAAAGGUCCUGGUGACGAGAAUGCCUCGAGUUAUGGUGGAGAGGUUCGCUAAAGAGCAUCUUAUAGCCGAUGAGAUCAUCGGUACGGAGCUGAUCGUUAACCGGUUUGGUUUUGUCACCGGUUUGAUACGCGAAACCGAUAUCGAUCAAUCUAUUCAAAGCCAUGUCGCUAAUUUGUUUGUUGGUCAUAGGCCUCAUCUAGGUCUUGGGAGGCCGGCAGUGACCGCUUCUACGACUUUCUUAUCGUUAUGUGAGGAGCAAAUUCAUGCACCAAUUCCGGAGGACUACAACCAUGGCUAUAACCAACAAGUUGAGCUAAGGCCACUUCCGGUGAUCUUUCACGACGGGCGUCUCGUUAAGCGGCCAACUCCGGUUAUGGCUUUCAUCAUCCUCCUUUGGAUCCCAUUUGGAAUCAUCCUCGCUGCGAUUCGGAUCUUUCUUGGAUCCGUCUUCCCUUUAUCGGCCACACCUUACGUCUCUAAGAUAUUCGGCGGCCAGAUAAUCGUUAAAGGCACGCCUCCUCCGCCACCGGCGGCCGGAAACUCCGGCGUUCUCUUCGUAUGCACUCAUAGAACGCUAAUGGACCCGGUGGUACUAUCUUACGUGCUUGGACGCAGCAUACCGGCCGUUACUUAUUCAAUCUCGCGGUUAUCGGAGAUCUUAUCUCCCAUUCCAACCGUCCGAUUGACAAGAAUCCGAGAUGUAGACGCUGCAAAGAUCAAACAACAACUGUCUAAAGGCGAUCUAGUGGUUUGUCCUGAAGGAACCACUUGUCGCGAACCAUUUCUGCUAAGAUUUAGCGCACUUUUCGCAGAGUUAACGGAUAGGAUUGUUCCGGUUGCGAUGAAUUAUAGAGUCGGAUUCUUCCACGCGACCACAGCGAGAGGCUGGAAAGGUUUAGACCCGAUUUUCUUUUUCAUGAACCCGAGACCGGUUUACGAGGUUACAUUCUUGAACCAGCUUCCGAUGGAGGCAACCUGUUCGUCCGGGAAGAGUCCGCAUGACGUGGCGAAUUAUGUUCAGAGAAUCUUGGCGGCUACGUUAGGGUUUGAGUGUACUAACUUCACGAGGAAAGAUAAGUAUAGGGUUCUUGCUGGAAACGAUGGAACGGUGUCGUAUCUCUCGUUUCUUGACCAAUUGAAGAAGGUGGUGAGCACUUUCGAGCCUUUUCUCCAUUGA